AUGUUAUCAAUUUUACGAAAAGCACGCCUUAAGGAUAAAGAAAUGCGAAUUCUAAUGCUGGGACUGGACAAUGCAGGCAAAACCACCAUUGUGAAAAGAAUAAUGAAUGAAGAUAUUACAACAGUCAGCCCGACUCUAGGUUUUAUUAUCAAAACCAUUGACUUUAUGGGGUACAAGCUGAAUAUUUGGGACGUGGGUGGUCAAAAAACACUCCGAUCAUAUUGGAAGAACUAUUUUGAAAAGACAGACACCCUAGUCUGGGUUGUGGAUGCAACUGAUCGACUCCGGGUGGAUGACUGUCGUGAGGAGUUAGCUGGUCUGUUGCUGGAGGAGCGUCUGACGGGAGCUAGUUUGCUAGUUUUCCUGAACAAAACAGAUGUUGAGCAAUGUAUGACAGAAACGGAGGUUCGAGAACGCCUUGGUCUGGAUUUAAUCAAAACACACAAAUGGACUAUCCUGCCAUGCAGUGCCAUGUCAGGGCAGAACUUGAAUGAAGGAUUGGAGUGGGUGGUACAGGAUGCGAAAGACCGACUUUUCCUCUACUAA